AAUCAACAAUCCAAACAUCAAUUAAAGUCAUUUAUUCAAAAUUUAAAUGGCAAAGUGACAGCUUCACUGCUGCCAACAAGUGGACAUGUUAAAUUUUCAGGUUAUGUAAUCUCUCGUUGUAAACAUCAAUGAAAAUUCCAAAUUUUUUCAAACACAUUUUUUUCGGUAUACCCAUCGGUGUCACGUUGGUGGACGUGUGUGGAUAUGUAGCCAGGGUGGACGGAAUUUCCAUGCAACCCGCCCUAAAUCCUGACAAGUCUCAGACUGAUUAUGUGUUUUUGAGUAGGUGGGCCAUCAAAAAGUACCAGUUCGAAAGGGGCGACAUUGUAUCACUAAUCUCCCCGAAGAAUCCGGAUCAGAAGAUCAUUAAAAGGGUUGUCGGUGUUCAAGGUGAUGUCAUAGCAACUUUAGGGUACAAAAACGACGUUGUGAGAGUUCCAGAGGGUCACUGCUGGAUAGAGGGUGAUCACACUGGUCAUUCUAUGGACUCAAACAAUUUCGGGCCGGUGUCUCUAGGAUUGAUCACUGCCAAGGCUUACUGCAUUAUUUGGCCACCUAACCGAUGGCAACUCAUCAAACCAUCAAUACCGGAGUCUAGGAAGCCCCUAAAUCUUACAUCAGAGACAUACUUAAACAUAUUUUAG